AUGUGUUUCCGGCAAGCCGUCUAGGCUAUAGCCCAUGGCAUUUAUAUAAAGCCAGGAAAAGAACAUUCUUGUGGCAUAUACACGUUAAUCACUAUGAUCUGUAUGUAACGAUACAGCACAUUUUGUCCCCUUGAAAUGCUUCUUUUGUCCUAUAGCGUCUCUUCAAGAAAUCCCUAUUUUUCUUGAACCGAAGCUGAUCCAGCUUCAAGGUCCAGUCCCGCAUUAUCUUCAAGGGGGACAUGGAACUUGAUCAGAGGCUCGUUGGUGUGAAGUAAGGGAAGAAAGAGGGGGCUGAUGAGUGGAAGGAGAGCAUGCCGUUACCCAGAGACAUCAUUGAGGGAUUUGCAGAGGACGAUUCUGAGGAUUCCUUCGUGCCAGUGAAGGCCAAGUCCGAGUUUAGUUCCCAUCUUGGCAAGAUCAUCCCUAAGGCGGAGUCCAUAUGGCUGAAAGUUAGAAGGGGUUAUAGCACUCUGAAACUGCGGGCUCGUAUCGUGCAAAAUAAAAGUUCAAUAAUUCAAAAAAAGUACACUAUCCAAGCUGCCUCAGAUCCCAGGCAUGUUGCAGAGUUAGACGACUUGACAUUGGAGCAGUGCACUGAACUGCAGGAAAUGAGCAGAAAAGCGAUGAAUGUGGAGAACAGGUGGUUCCGCAAAAGUGGGAUAAAGUAUGACUGGAAGAUGAAAGCAGGGAUUCAUCUGCCUGACGGAGGGUGUUCAGUAGUGAGCUGCAUACUGUUCACGCCCUUAGAAGGGGAGCACUGCGUCCAUACUACUACUGGUAGGUGUAUGGCAUGGUAUUGUGCAGCAGUUUCCACAGGGGUUCCUCUUGUCUUUGUCAAUAUCCAGACAGAACAGAUUGCCCAUUCGCCACCUUCAAUUUUGCAUGCAAAUUGGAGAAGAGCAACGACUCUGGAAGGGAAACAAGAAGUGGGAGCAAACAACAAAACAACACAACCAAGAACCCGAUUAAGCAUGGUAUAAGAUUGUGGCAUCUACCCGGAGUAUCAGAAAUAUCAAUAGAAUUGAUCCCUCUGUCCAGGGAAGUGCGUUUUGGAAUGGAAAUUAAACGGACAGAAGAGGUAAUUGUAACUAAACUGGUCAGAAUGGGUUGCAUUGUUCCUAGUUUCAUUCUGAGAUCCUUGAGAGUGCAAGGGUUUGUGUGCAUUUACUCGGUGAUAGAAGGGUCAGCAGCGGAGUGAGCUGGGGUUAGAGAACUGUUUGAAGAAGCGAUAGGUAAAGGGUUUCUUCUGGUGAUCUCUCGAUUGCAUGUAAAGAGUGUGAUGCCCUCCACAGUUUGCUCUGCGGAUCUGAUACACUGUUGCGAUCACUCAGGAAUAAAGGAUACUCUCGGAUCGGCCCUGGACGGAAACGAUACCAUUGAGAUGCAUAUAAUGGCAUGGCCGAAUCAAAGUCGUGUCAAUUCUCUUCAGCCUCUUGCUUCCGCGGCUCUGCUGCCUCCCCCUGGGUUUUCCCCGCCCCUGCACUCUGAUAGAAAGCGCCCUCCUUCGUCCCUCAAAUAUUUGCCUCAAAUCUUGUUGACUUUCGACCUUUUUUUAUUUUGGGCCAAUUUUCCCCGAUAUAUAAAAUUUAAAAUUGUGAGAAAACUUAUGUGAAUAUUCAAGUCCAAUUUCUAAA